AUGUCACGGUCAAGUUCGAUCCCGGUUUUCGCGUGCGGCAGCCUGACAACCUCACUGAGCAUGAGGCAGGCCCCUACGAAUAGAGCUCAGAUACGAAACGAGUACGAGGCAGCGAGCGGAAAUGCAGUAUUGCCGUUUGACUACGCGGAUGACUAUGUGGAUGAGAACAAUGAGCAGGAGGCGUUCGAACUUGGACCGACAUCGAUGGAUCGCUACGGCACACUGCCCACGUGGGCCGGAAGUGGAGGCCAUCUCCGGAGGGAGAAAAAGCCGCCUUAGAAGGGAGACACAAGGAAUUUGGUACUGAGAAAGAGCUGUACUUAUUUACUGUGGAGUGGGGGCCGGAACCUGGGGAGAAAGGCCACAACGUUAUCGUCACGCGCGAGGUAUGGACAUGCAGCGCACAUAGACUAUCGUUCGUGCGCACUGCUGUAUAGGGAGAUCUGUUUUGGUGGAGUCGGACGACUGACGGCACAAUGCUGGGAGCGACACCGAGUGGCCAUGUGGUAAUUUGGGACCAGGGGGCAAACGACAGCCGCCUUGCUAUAUGAGCUCAACUCGACCUAUCAGAUCGUGGACAGGCACAAACCGGGUGGAUAGAUAAUCUGACGACGAUGAUAUAAGAAAUGAUGUUAUGUGGAAGCAGGUCACGGCUAUUUACGCGUGGACAAACACUCCAUCUUCUUUGACGGCGACAACAUUAUAUUGAUGGCCUACCCAACGAUGAACGGCAUCAUACAUGGUGGUCAGUGAACCUGAGAGGAGGGGGGAUCUCAGUAUUGUGUCUCAACACUUAUUCAUUUGGGUCCUUUGCAGUGGUGCAUGUGCUGGACGCUGCCAGGUGGGCAUUUGUGCGCGCGUGUGUGUGUAUGUGUAUGUGUGUGUGUGUUUGAAAGGGGGGGACCGUGUCGUAGGAAUGUGAUACUGGAGUGGCGGACCAUCGAUGCAUUCGCAGGCAAAGACUACGACCCUGCAUUCGCAGACAAAUUUCCAUACCAACAAUGCUGA